AUGACACCUCCCAACUUUGUUUUCUAUGUGACAUGUCUGAUCUUGGGAAAUGUAGUUCAGUGGACACAACAGAAUUUCUCCGUAACUCAUAAGCAAGAGAGACGGUUUGUAUCAGCUAUUGUUGGUCAACGCUUGACUUUACAAUGUUUCUAUGAAACCAACGAUGCAACGAGGUUCUACUGGUACAAGCAAAGUUUUGGACAGAAACCAAAGCUCAUCUCUACUCAGUAUUUAUUUAAAGCAAAUGGGACUUUUCAUGAUGAAUUCAAGAACAAUCCACGCUUCACCCUGGAUACAGAAAUAGGGAAAAACCACUUGUAUAUAACAGACUUGCAGAAGUCAGACUCAGGUACUUACUACUGUGCAAGGCGGGUUUCUUUAGUCCUAGAAUUUGCAGAAGGCACUACUGUCAGUGUAAAAGGUUCAGGUUUAACCAUCAAAGCUUUAGUGCAGCAGUCAGCAUCUGAGACCAUCCAGCCAGGAGGCUCUGUGACUCUGAACUGUACAGUACACACUGGAACCUGUGAUGAAGAUCAUAGUGUUUACUGGUUCAAAGACUCUGGAGAUUUUUACCCAGGACUCAUUUACACCCAUGGAGGCAGGAACGAUCAGUGUGAGAGGAACGAACAAACAUACAACUGCACUUACAACCUGCCAGUGAAGAGCAUAAAUGUGUCUCAUGCUGGAACCUACUACUGUGCUGUUGCCUCAUGUGGACACAUACUGUUCGGAGAAGGAACUACUCUGAAAUAUAGGGACAAGAAUAAAUCUCACUUCUUGGUGUAUUUCUUGAGUGGAGCAUUGGCUUUCACCUUCACCGUGGUGGUUUCUCUGACUUUCAUUCUCUACAAGAUGAAUAAAAGAAAAAGUUUCCAAUCAGAGGCAAGAUUUUCAGCUCCCUCUGUAGAGAAUGCUCAUACAGACAACCUCCACUAUGCUUCUGUAAAUGUUAACAUUUCCAGAAAAUCAAAGAAAGAGAGGAACAGCAAAACCGAAUGUGUUUACUCCAGUGUGAAGCAGUAA